AUGACGCAACAAAUGCCCAAGCUAGCAAGCUACAAGCGCAUAAUCCUUUGCGCCGAUGGGACGUGGCUAGCGUCUGACCAGGGCGACAAGUCUGUGCCUUCAAAUGUUGCGAAGAUCGCCCGAGCAAUUGCGACCAGUGGCCCCGAUGCCGAUGGCAAUAUUGUAAAGCAGAUCGUGUCGUACCAUUCUGGCCUAGGAUCUGGAGACCUUCCGUUCCAGAAAGCCAUAUAUGGCGGCAUCGGCCGGGGUUUGGACGUCGAAGUGUGCCAGAUCUAUGACUUCAUAUCCAAUAACUAUGAGCCCGGGGACGAGUUGUUCUUCUUCGGCUUCUCGCGCGGAGCUUUCACGGUGCGCUCAGUCGCUAGCCUGGUAGGUGAUUUCGGUAUCCUCUCUGCAGUGCAUAUGUCGCACUUUGCAGAGAUGUGGAAGGCCUACCGUGAGAAUACGGACGGGGAGCCCUUUAAGAAGACACCGUGGUAUCAGCAGAACAAGGACAAGCUGCGCUUGACAGAAGAUCUUAGGAUUAAAGUUGUUGGGGUUUGGGACUCCGUUGGUGCUCUGGGAAUCCCUGAAUGGCCGUUGGUAAGAUUAGCCACGAAACUUGGUAUCGCGAUAAACAAGCAUGCUUUCCUAUCAGAUGUGGACUAUGCCUUCCAAGCCCUUGCUAUUGACGAGAAACGACAAACCUUCCUUCCUACCCUCUGGCACAAGACCGCUGACGCCCCGGCUAAGGAUCUACAACAAUGUUGGUUUCCCGGCGUUCAUGGCAACAUCGGUGGCCAAGCAGAAGAUCCACGUAUCGCUGGUGACCAUGAAGAGAUCGGCGACAUCACAUUUGCGUGGAUGGUGGACAAUCUCUCCGGCCUCCUGACCUUUGAAGAGGCGGCGAUCGAAGUACUUAUCAAGCAGCACCAACAGGCGCUAGCCGAGAACAACACCAAAAACAACGUCAUAAACGGCUGGGGCUGCGGGCCCAUCGUUUCUAAUUUCUCUGGGCUGCAAGGCGCGUUCUUCCGUAUCCUUGGUAAGCAAGACCGCACGCCGGGCAACUACCCGCGGGCCCCGGGUGACGGAAUUGAUGGCGCCACGAACGAGUAUUUCCAUCCGAUUGCCCGGAUACGGAAGAGCAAACUCUCUAAUUAUAACCCAAUGUCGCUUUACGGGUAUUCUAUCGAGAAGCCUGGUAGUGAUGCCGGCUGGAUGUGGAACAAAAAGGGCGGACAGGCAGUGCCCGAGUAUGUGAUGCGCCCGGAGAAGAAAAUGACUAUGGUGCACGAGGGAGGUUAUAAAACUACGAGUAGCUUGUCAAGAUUGCUCUGUCCCAAGACCCUUCUGGCAGAUCUUGAUGGGGAUAAUGUACUUCUUAGACACGCCUACAUCACCGAAGCCCUGUUGGUGAACCCGCAGAUAUCUCGCACCUGCGUGGAGAAGGUUGAACAUCACCCCAAACUGCGCAUCACGUCGAGCAGUGUGCUCAUCAAAGAUCUGGUCCCCAGUCUAUUCCACUUACUCGGAGUAAAUAGCGGGGCACGACGAUGCUCCUAUAUACUACAAAGCGGAGAAAGGACUAACGGCGAACCAAUCAUGCUUGCAUAA